AUGAAAAUUAAAGCUCUUUCUCGUCCUACAUCCUCGCAGCAGGCUCCGGGGUCUGCUGUCGUUCGACAGCCCCGGAACCUGGACCCGAGUCAGCAUCCAUUCGAGCGAGCUCGCGAGUACACACGAGCCCUGAAUGCCACGAAGCUUGAUCGUCUCUUUGCGGCGCCUUUUAUAGCACAGAUGGGCGACGGUCAUGUGGACGGAGUCUACUCGAUGGCGAAGGAUCCCGUCUCCUUGGAGCGGUUCGCGAGCGGUAGUGGGGACGGUGUGGUGAAAGUUUGGGAUUUGACGACCCGGGGGGAGGUCUGGAAUACGCAGGCUCAUGAGAACAUCGUCAAGGGGGUGUGUUGGACACCGGAGCGCAAGCUACUCUCCUGUGCCAGCGACAAGACUGUCAAGCUGUGGGACCCGUACAACUCUUCGCCCGAGGCGCCUCCUCUGGCAACGUAUCUGGGACAGGGUGCCUUUACGAGCGUCACACACCAUCGAAGCCUUCCCUCUUUCGCGGUCGCUUCUUCUCAGAUCUCCAUCUACGAUAUUUCACGGCCUUCCUCGACGCCCUCGCAAGUGCUUCACUGGCCCACUAAUGUCGACACGAUCACCGCGGUCGCAUUUAACCAGACGGAGACCUCGAUCCUCGCGUCGACGGGCAUGGACCGUUCCAUCAUCAUGUACGACCUCCGCACCAACUCUCCCCUGCACAAGCUAGUUCUCAAGCUGUCGUCGAACGCGAUUUCGUGGAAUCCCAUGGAGGCAUUUAACUUCGCCGUGGCCAACGAAGACCAUAACGCCUACAUCUUUGAUAUGCGAAAGAUGGACCGGGCUCUAAAUGUCCUAAAAGACCACGUUGCCGCAGUGAUGGACGUGGAGUUCAGUCCGACCGGCGAAGAGCUCGUGACGGCAUCGUACGACCGGACCGUGCGUCUAUGGAACCGAGCGCAGGGUCACUCGCGCGAUAUCUAUCAUACGCAGAGAAUGCAGCGUGUCUUCUCAGUCAAGUUCACCCCCGACAACAAAUACAUCCUCUCCGGUUCCGACGACGGGAACAUCCGUCUCUGGCGAUCCAACGCCUCAGACCGCAGUGGAAUCAAGAGCGCUCGUCAGCGGUCGAAGCUCGAGUACGACCAGGCCCUGAUCCAGAGAUACUCGCACAUGCCGGAAAUCAAACGAAUCCGGCGCCAGCGCCACGUGCCGAGAACGAUCAAGAAGGCCCGGGAGAUCAAGAGGGAGGAAGUUAUGGCAAUCAAAAGACGGGAGGAGAAUGUUCGGAAGCAUACCAAGAAGGAAGCGUUGCCCAAGAGACGGAGCGAGCGGGAGAAGAUGAUCCUGACGGCGGAAAAAUAG